AUUUUCCCUUUCUCUCUCUUAGGUAUGUUCAUUUUCUCUCUCCUCUUCUUCUCCGGCAACCUUAAUCUUUCCAUCGCCGCCAGAUCCGGCAACCUCACCGCCGCGUCAUAAUUCAUUUUCAGGUCCCUGUCACAGUUAUCGAUGAGCUUUAUUUGACGAUUUUGCCCUCCAUCAAAACGGUACACAACAAAGAAGCCUAGUCAUCGAUUGUCGACGUGGCAUAUGUCUCAAAUCGGGAGCGAACGAACGGCCAAGAUGAAUUACGACCCACGCCGAUUCUUGAACCCUCAUCAUGCCUCACGAAAGCGUAAAGAAAGAGAAUCUGUUUUACAGAUCAAGCCGUUGGCUCCAUCCGGGUCUAAAUUAGCUGGUGUUGGUGUUGAGUCGGGUGAUUGUUCUAAUCGGAUCCUAGCCGGGUACAUGGCUCAUGAGUUCUUAACAAAUGGUACUCUUCUCGGGCAGAAAUGGGACCCAGCUCGUGCUGAAGCUGUUCCUUUGUCAAGUCGCGGCUUGGCUCAGAAGCUGCGUGAAAAUCGACAAAGCUAUGCUGACGUGGCAAGGCUGUUGAAGGGCGGAGAGACCCAAGUUGCUGGGGUUGUUAAUCCCACGCAGCUGGCUCGAUGGAUUCAGAUGUGACGCAACAAACUAGGCUCGUGAUGACAUGGCAGCUUCUUAUUGGGUCCAUUUUUUUUAAUUUUUUUUUUUGAAGGGGUCCCCACAGAGAUAUACAAGAAAGAACUCUUGACUUGUAUGAUGAUCGACUUUUAAAUGCAUGCAUGACAUGUUAUUAAUGUUGUUUUGUUAAUC